UCACUUCCAGGUCAGGAAGGCGGCGGGCGGCUUCCGGCUGGAGGCUGCGGGGCGCCGAGCGCUGCCGGCCCGCGGGGCUGAGUGGGGCCGGCCGGCAGCUCCUUGGCUCGGAGGGGGCUCGGAGCGGGCCGAGAUGUUGGUGCACUUGUGGGGGUUCCUGUACAGCAGCUACUUUCGGUUCUGGCUGAAGUGGCUGUGGCGGCUGCUGAGCGGGAAGUGCGAGCUGCAGCGCCUGCUCGACGGCGCCGAGGAGGGCGCGCGGAGGACGCUGGGCAUAGAACAUUCACUGGGAUCGUCGAAAAAUAAGGUUCUAAGAAACGCUCUAAAUGCUGAUGAAACUGAAAUAGAGAAGUGUGUCAGAGAUGUAAUGAAAGAAAAGAAAAUUGAAGAGAAGGAUAUCAGGUUUAAGACAAAUCUGCAUAUGUCCUUACUGCAGAUAACAGGUUAUAAAAAACUUUACUUGGAUGUGGAAAAUCUGAGGAAGGUCACAUAUGAUUCAGAUAACAAAGAACACGAGGAACAGUUAAUUCAGCUCUGGAAUUUGCUGAUGCCUCAUGAAAAUCUGAAGGCCAGAAUCACGAAGCAGUGGUGUGACAUUGGCUUCCAAGGCGAUGACCCCAAAACAGACUUCAGAGGAAUGGGCCUGCUGGGAUUAGUGAAUCUGCUGUAUUUUAGUAAGCAUUACACCAAUGAAGCUCGUCAGAUCCUUUCUCAUUCAAAUCACCCAAAACUGGGAUACUCUUAUGCAAUAGUUGGAAUCAAUCUGACUGAAAUGGCAUACAGUUUACUUAAGAAUGGUGCUUUAAAGUCUCAUCUGUACAACGUGGUCCCUGGAUUGCCACAAAUGGAACACUUCCAUCAGUUUUACUGUUAUCUGGUUUAUGAGUUUGAUAAGUUUUGGUUUGAAGAAGAACCAGAAAGCAUUAUGCACUUCAACCAGUACAGAGAAAAAUUCCAUGACAAGAUUAAGGGCCUUCUUCUGGAUUACGAUGUGAUAUUAACCUUGCAGAAUGCAAAGGAACCGUAACUCUUCUGCAGCACGUCAGGUUCUGCAUCAAAGAGAUUAUGCAUUUGGUUGCAAGUUUUGCAGGUUUCACUAUGAACUGUAUAACAGUAGAACUCUUUUGCAUAAAAAAAGAAAAAAGCAAGCUACAUUGGGUUAAGAAAGCUCGGACAAUCAACCUCUGUUUACAGCUCUUAUAUGCUAUUCUCCAAAGGACAUUUUUGUGUGUGCGUUUAUUUUGUAGUUUGGUUUGGUUUUGUUGUUAACCUGGAUGUCUGAAGAUCCUCCGGAUCAUUUGCUCUCAGUUUCUUUUAUACUUCUUGGUGCAAGAACUUGAAGCAGAUAUUUAUUCUGCGUGGUGUUUCUCAUUAAUAGGUUUAUUCGAUCAUUGGAUUUAGAGGUUUUUUUAGGUGAAGUUUCUAGUUUGGGGCUCUUUGUGUUCUCAUUCUGUACCUGUAGUCUAUUGAUCAUCCACUUGUCAGUGUUCUGUUUCUGCCAUGAAGGGAAUGCGUUCAGUAAUUUGCAGUCUUGGAGAAGGGGCUUAAUUGAGCAGCAUACUGAUGUACAUGCUGCAAAUUCCUUCUGGCUACGGGAAGUUUUCUCUUUGUGGAUUCGUACCAGCAAAUGUCUGUGCUUGGAAGUAGCUUCAUUUGCAAACCAACAGAAAAAGAAUCAUAAAUCUCUAGUGUGAGGAUCAAGUCCUCUUUCUGAAAACAUUCCUGCUGUGACAACUUCUCCAUUCUUUCUGAUCUAAGACGUUUGACUUUUUAUUGCCAGGCCUUUCUUUUAGCAGAUGAUGGGGAAUUGUGUUUGGGACGUACAAGGGAGUUAGAGAGUUCAGUCAUUAAUGGAAAAUAAAACAAACCCCACAGAUGCAUCUUCUGUAUCUAUCCAGUGAAAAUUAACUCCAGCUCUAAUGAAAACAUUUUCCAUGCAAGGAUGCAGCUGCAACACAUUGCUUAACCUUGGCAUCCUCAGACAAUCUAAUCAAUAGGAGUUCAUGUGUGUGUUUUGACAAAUAGUUGCUUAAAAGCAGCUUUGAACAGAUUUGGUGAAACCAUCACUUCUUUUCCUAAAACCUAUUACUAAACAAGUGCCUUCUGCUUUAUUCAGUCAGUAUUUUAUCUUUAUUCUGUAACCGGAUCGUAGCCUUAGAAUCUUGAGUUAAUUGGGAAAAACUCUGUUGGCAAGUACCUAACUAGCACACUGGCACAAAAGUUUUGUGCUAACACAAGCUUUCAUGGUUAUUUUUUUAGUUUUUUAAAUCAUCUCAGGUAAAUGAGUUAACAACUAUGACUCAUAAUGAUGACGCUCCUGAAUAACACAGAUUUGGAGCAGGAGAGGAAAGAGACAAACCCCUUCAUGUAAUGAGUAAUUCUACACUACAGAAACACUACAUUUAUUAUUAUACUACAUAAUCUAACGUCUCCUUGGAGAGAUUAAAAACCCAUGUGGGCGAGGUCCUCAGCAGCCUGCUCUGGGUGACCCUGCUUAAAGCAAGUGGCAUUUGGACCAUGGGGUCUCCAGAGGUGCCUCCCCACUUCAGUAAUUAUGUGAUUCUCUAUGGUAUAAAUAGGGACUUCUUGCACUGCUCUCCAUCCCUUAAACGUUUGUGAUCUUUGUAUUAGUGGGAAAGCUCCUGGUCCUAGAUAUGUACACACACAGGACGUAAUGCAGUUCUGUCUUCUUUUUAUGGUACUUUAGUUAUUGAUAAUGGUUGAACAGUUCUUGAGUUUACCAUGCAUAGGGUGGAGAGAGGUACAGCUCACCUACAUUAGACUGAUACUAUUCUACUAAAAAAUAAAACUAAAUAUUGUUCAUAGUUACGAGUAUGUAUGGCUAUACCAUGACUUGUAAGCAGAACAGCAGUUCUUUUGCUGCUCCCAGGUACUUGGAGUCUUGUAAUUGCUGCCAGUGAGAUUCUGUGGUGCCAUUUCUCUCUGAUCUCUGUGCAAAUUGGACAUUCCCAAUGUCUGACAGAAGAAAGGAGCAGAAAGUGCACUUCCUUCAGUUAGAAAGUGAGUUGUCUACUAUGCACUAGACCCAGCUUCUUUCAUCUUAGUUGUCUUUAACGAUUUUUGCUAUUGCUCAUAGAUCUCAUUUGCAAGUAAAUGGGUGGCAUCUUUUGCAUUUCAGAAGUGGCCACAAGAUUCCUGCUGCUGCUGCCAGACAAGGAGAUCCCAUCUUUUAAUUUCAUCUCCCACUUGUUAGACAGUGGCAGAGCUGUUACCGUCUCAGAAAUGCCUCUCAUCUAUGGUAGAGUCUGCAACCUUUUAUAUCUUUUGUGGCAGUGGUAGCACACAGAGCCUACAUGCUGAUCUCUACAGCCUUGAACCUUGUAUUCAAGCUCCUUGAUCACUAGGAAACUGCUGUGUAACUACUGCCAAGGCAUUUCAAGCCCUACCGUCAUGGUUUAGUUUUCCUUUUGCUUAAUGGAGACAUCUUAGUCUAGAACGUACGUUGAGCUCUGUGAAAUUAGUUUUUAAUUACAGAAUGUCAACCCAUCACCAGAUGUGCUAUAUCUGUACCAUAUACAUGGGAAUGCAUUAGUUUGUACGUAGUAUUUGUUUGAGUAUUUGCUAGGCUUCACUACAGUUUCCCAGUAACUGGUUAGAACCCGCAUGUAUUUUGGUGUGAUCAGGUACUCCAGUUCUUCUGAGAGUCACUGUGUGUAGAAUAGUAGCAGCUCUCCCUGUUCUGCACUGGCGGUGGGCUAAGUGUAUUGUGGUAGUGGUUAGAACAUGGGGCAGGGGGAGGUAUAACUGCAGUUAGGGGAGGGAAGAAGAGUGUUUAGAAUGGUGUUUUACUAGUAAGUCAGUGUAUUUUAUACCAACUCUGCUACAGAAUGACAAUCCUAAGGCUAUGGAAAAUUCAAAAUUGCCUUUAUGCAAGUUGAUAUGAUCAAUUUGCUUUAACAUCAGAACUUGUUGCUCAGAGCUUAUUCUAAGAAUCCUACAAGUUAAAACUUGGUAAAUUCUCUUGCUGUUAUUUAUUAACUAUCACGUGUUAUCUUAUUGGAACUCGUAAGUAUUGUUAGUUUGCUAACAUGCUGCAUCUUCAAAGCAUUCACUACAGCACGGCUGAUACCUAACAGUCAGUUUAGGAAAAAAAUAAGACUGAACACAGCGUGGCUCUCUAAUUUGUUUUGUCCUUGUAGCAACUGUUUAGCAAACUUCCUCCCUUCCCCUUGUACAAGCACGUGCUUCAAACGCGGUACCGCACCAUGAACAAAGUAAUCUGGAGAUGUGUAAAGAUUGCUAUAAAUCAAGGUAGAAGCUCGUCUUUCAUUCACUGAAUACACGGCUUCACACAUAACCAAUAUGAUUGGAAAACAUGAUUUGAAGACAGUGCUACCUAAGAAACAAAAAUGUUUUCAAACUGAUGCUUCUGCCAUCUGAUAGUGCAGACAGUAGGAUGUCCUGUCCUAAGAGGGCAGUAUGAGAAGGGGCCAAUGUAAGCACCAAGUAGUUCUGGAUUUUUACUCAUUGGGGUCAAACAAACAAAUACCAAACCCCAAGCAUUCGUUCCCUAGAUUUUUCCAUCCUAGUUUAAAUAAACAUUUAAGACCAAGAACGUUAGUUAGCCUUGUCUUAGGAAUUACUGUGAUGGAAAAGGUUUGUGGGAAUUCAAUAGUCACGAUUAUUGAAAAUACAACUAGUGGGUUUUUUCGGUCAUACCUGUUUGUUUUGUGUUGCUGUAGUGCUGUGGUGAUCUAUCUCGGGACUAAUGUUUCCUGUGCCAGUCUGUAUAUUGUCUUUCACUUGGGAAGGGGGUGGUGGAGGUGGGGGGGGAAACACACCUGAGAGUGCUGCCGGGGGGCAGCUGCUCCUUAUCACACUGUGCUUAGAUAACUGCAUACGGAUAGAAAUUUAUGUUUACCACAGUAUAAAAGCAAUAAUGUAAACUGUGAUGUCUGUGUAAUGGAAACUUAUGUUUACAAUGGUAGGAAAUAAAGAACGAGUUAUUAAAAAUACUUGUCAAUA